UAGCAUAGGAUGCCUAACACAAAGCUUUGAAUAAGAAAGCCAAUUGUCAAACGAUUUAACAUUUACACAUAUACAAUUAUGAAUGGAAUUCUUUCGGUACCACCCCCAAAAAGUUUUCAAAGCCAAAACCGUAACUGACCAGAGAACCCGAACCCGGAAAGCUGACCCUGAAUAGGUAAAUUGGUGCUGAGUGCGGGGCUUCGGAUUGGCAUUGAAGUCGUGGAAGUGACACUUUGAUAACCCCAGCAACAACCCGAACCACCCACUUUUUGCUUUGAUAGUCACUAAUGGGUGUGUGUGUGUGCGCGCGGUGGGUGUUUCCUUGUCAACUUGUGGAAAUUUGGGAUAAUGGAAAAUAUAUGAACAGCUCAAGGGACAAGUCGGUCGAAAUAGAAUUUUAAAUCUGUAAUUUAAAGGAAAGGUUAAUCCAUCCUUCAGAAGGACAACAUCGAAAGCAACUCUUCCCGCACCUAUCAAAUCAACGAGAAGCGCAUGCGCAAAUACCUAAGGUCCUUUAACCUGGCAGAGGACAAAAUCGCAGAAGGUUUCAACGGUUUUUUUGCCUUCUGGCGAGAAGCAGCAGACAAGACGAACCAUAUGUACUGCAACAUUUCGAGUUACUGGAAUAUUGCCUUGAACCAGGACGAAAAUGAAAUAUUUAGACACAACUUUAGAAAGUUGGACGAGGUGGUUGCCCGGCACCCCGAGGCGGCGGCCAACUACCUGGCCAUGCAACUGCUCUACUCCUUCGACGCCCAUCUGAAGGACACCCAGUUCCAAAGAGAUUAUUGCAUCUCUACGAUGCGGACUUCCAUGUGGUUCCUGUUCAAAAAAUUCUAUGUUACAGGAGUACUUUACUGAGGAGAAAAGGUCAGACGUGUCUCGAGUUGCGGAGGAAGUGAGGAGCAGUAUGCGCCAGUUACUUGGGAAAGUGGAUUGGUUGGACUUGGAUUUUCGACAGAAGGCCUUGCAGGUGGAGUCCUCCAUUCAGAUUAAGUUCGAUUCACCACAGGGCACUCUACUAACCGAUCGCCUACUCCAAGAGAUGCUUCGCCUGGAAAUAGUUGACAAUAGUUGCGCUGCCACCAAUAUGAAUUUGAUGCGCCACAAAACUGAGAUAAAUCGAUUUAGCACUCGCCACUCAAUGGAUCAACAUAGCGAAAUUGAGUUCCAAAAGCAUCUGUAUACGCUAGACCCAAAUACAAAAUCAAAAUUAAACAAAAUUGUAAUAACAAAAUG